ACAAGCAUAACCUACUAACGGAGAAAAAUCAUUAAUGAAAUUCAUUUGAGAAAAAUGUCGAAUGUCGUUAUCAACUGAUAGGCACGAUUAUUGAAAUAUUUAUUCGAAUUAUUUCAAUUCUUCGAUGGUUUUAGAGGAUCAGUCAGAUUUCCACAAAUUACGGUGCUCGUUCGCAUUGUGAUUAUUGAACUCUCGUAACACGUGAAUAUUUAAAACAAAAUGGAAUAAAAAUCAACUCAAAUGGAACGGAAAUAGGUAUCUCUGGAUCUUCUCUACAUUACAAUCAUGCCAUCCAUUAUCUUGUUCUUCUUCUUCUGCCUACUUCCAGCAUUUACCCUUUCUACACAUGCUAGUCAAACAGCGGUGAACAGCAAACACGUUCCAGAUGGCAACAACACGUUCAUCAUCGGAGUAUCCAACUUCAAACUGUUACUCAACUACAGCAAUUUAUUCGCCGAUAAAACCCUGUGGAUCAAAGAAGUACUCGAAUGUAACUCCAAGUAUAUUGUAAUCACAUGUCCUCAUAAAAGCGGAAAAAGCAUAAAUCUCAGCAUGCUGAAAAUAUUCUUGGAAAUCGAGUACAAAAACGAUACUUACAGCGUUACAGAGAACUACAAGUUGUUCAGAGAAGGUGAACUUCAUUGGAAUGGCACCUACAUCGUGAAUUACUCGAAGCCUUUGCUCAUAUCUCAACAUACCAAUAUUCUCGACCAAUACCAAGGCAAAUAUCCGGUUAUAUUUUUGAACUUGGAAUUCUCGUAUCAUGUUUUGGGUAAACGACACGACUUUGGGUUGAUUUUGACCAGCCGCAUUCACAGUAUUUAUCUCCAAUUUCCCAACAUCUGCAGCGUAUUUGGAACGUCGUCGUCGCCGAAUAACGAUACCGUUUCUUCAUCUGAAACCAAAUCGCAAACGGAUAAAGCUAAAAAAUGUCGAAUAAUGAUGAAAGGAUUUCCAGUCGAUACGGAUACUCUAAUCGAAAGUAUUUGCAUUUUGAGCGAAGCUCUGUACAGACGUUACAAUCAAAAGGUAUUCUUACUGAUAGACGACUACGAUGGUCUAUUGCGAUUAAUCAUGCAUUACAAUUGGUAUUCUCAAUCGAAUAUAACCGAUAUGUUGAAUCUAUACACGACCUUCUUGCAUCAAACAUUACACAAAAACGAUUACAUUGAGAAAUGCGUAAUGACCGGAGUAAUGCACAUAUACGAUAACGAUCUUCUACCAUCAUCGGCGAACUUGACCGUCUACGAUAGUUUGAACAACAAAUGGCAAGAGUUUUUCGGUUUCAGCGAGGCAGAGGUCGAUGGCAUGUUUAAUUACACAGAAUUACACGAAAACGAUACCGAUAAAGGAUACAAAUGGUUCAGAGGGUAUAACAUGAACAGAGAUGUAAACAUAACCAUCUUCAACCCAUGGUCCAUCACCAACUUCAUCAUUUACGAAUUGAUACACAAUUAUUGGGUAAUGGCUGGCGCAAGUCAUUUUUUAGCUAGUUUAGUUCAAUAUAAACCUAUACGAGAUAUCAUCGAACAAUUAUUCUUCGUACCCAACUACCCGGUCAGAUUCGAUUACUUGUAUUUCACCACAGAGGAGCUACUGCAACUCAGAGAGAUCUUCUUCGAUUUGAAAAACAGUAAAUUGAGCGAGACCACGAUUCGAGAACUCGUACUCAAAUACCUUUGCGCUCGCGGAUUCCUGACUUACGGCGGCCAAUCUUACGACCGUACCGGAUCCGGAGUCAUCGUCAGCGCUUUGAGAUUUCCCAAUAACGAGGUGACCACAGAAUGGUGGAAACGAUUGACUGAUUUUUAUACCUAUCAAUUGAAGAUACCCGAUUGUCAGAUGCUGACUUGGUGUCAAAGUAUUGAUAGCUUCAUACAGAAUAAAACUGGUCGUAAUCAGAUCAUCAAACAUACCAGAGAGUUUUUUUCGAAGGUACCCUAUAAUGUGACUGAUAUUGCCUACAAUGAGACGAUACAAGGAACCAUACGUAAAUGCCUAUCGUUCAGGAUGCGUUUCCAGUUCAAUUAUUUCGCUUUGAUACGCAAAGAAACAGAUACGAUUAUGGGUAAAGAUGGACGAGCUGCUGUUUUACAAAUAGACUAUAAUGCCAUAUCGCCUCAACGAGCUUUUCAAAAAGCUCAAGAGUAUACGAAAGUGUUCGCGAAUUUUACAACCAUCAAAACGGUGAAUUUUAUCGGUAUGGCUAUUUCUCCGGAUAAAAAUGUUACCGUAAUGAAUGAAAUUUACGAUACUAACGAGAUAACCAAAGCUGACGAUGCUGUUCCAGCGAAAGUUAUCGGAAUCGAGAUGCCUGAAAAUAUAAACGAAACGACGACAGAAACCGCCAGGUCGUGAAAACCGGUGAAAUGGAAGUUUUUCAGUAUUUUAUACGAAUAGGUAUACCUACCUAAUACUUUUAGUUUUGAUUUGUAAUCGUUAUUUAUCGUACCUAAUUAAAAAUAUAAAAUUUCUAAUCACUGAAAA